GACCCCGUCGAGAAACACUGGUUUAACCCGUACGGAUUAAACCCGUAGCUUACAAUGAUUGACAUCAAAGUUUAUGACCAAUCGAAAUGAACCAUGAAUUAUAUUUCAAAGAGUAAAUAAGAAAAAUAACUAUAAUUUCGGAAGAGACAUUCAACCUUAUAAGUAAUCUUAAGGUUCAGUACACGUGAUUUGCAAUUGACAUAUUUCUAGUCAAUUCUCAUUGGUUUUCAUUCAAUCGGAACGUCUCGUGACAAGAAACCUUGACUUUCUCGUGUUUACAAGUGACUUUACAUUCGUUGCCUGAUAUUUUUAGAUAGCCAACAUUUAUCGUCAUUGGAAACUACAGUAUAUAUCAUGAAUCAUGCGAUGAAUUUAUCUCUCCCUUUAAUUUUUAUGUCUAAUGCGUAAAUUGACUUUUGCUCGUACCUGGUAAUAAAAUGACGAAUUCAAAUUUGCUACAGAUUUUAUUUGGCUUUUCUUUAUAUUUAUGUCAUAUUACUCGUGCAAAUCCAGAAGUAUUUUUUCCUAUAAAACCACUUACAUUUAAGACAUUGAAUCUGAAUGCUAAUGAGACUCUAGAAGUAGAAGUUAGAAAUGUUGAUAUUAUAUAUCAUUAUAUACAAAUUGGAGUUCAUUCCCAGAAAGAAAAAGUCACUAUUUCUGAAACCAUGUCAGCAGAUUUGAUUGGAACAUACAUAACUGGCAAUGAUGUUGGUCUUAUUAUAUUACUGAAAGAGAAUCAAAUAUCUGGUUCUGUUUGGAUUAUUAAUAAUUAUGACAUUGAUAUUACUGUACUUUUAACAAUUAUACUUAAAAAACCUGAAGUACCAAUUCCAGGAGGAUGUAAUAUAGAAUUUCCAAUAGAAAUUUCUCCAUUUCUUAAAAUUCUGUUUGGAAGAGCAAUUACACAUUUAGAAUAUCAACAUGCUAAUGUUGGAUAUAAAAGAAAUCAGCAUUCUCCUCCUUGUUCUAUUACUGCAAGAGAAUUUUCUUAUGAUGUAUAUGUAUAUUUUCUGGAUGAAAAUGAUUUUAGUGAAGAAAGUUAUUUCAAAGCCCUUGUUACAAUGACAGACUUAAAUAAUAUUUAUUCUGUGGCAAAAAAGAUUUCUCCUUUAGAAAUCAGUCCAAAAACUAGGAUAUCUUUUUUGUCAUAUCCUGGGCAAGGAGUUGUCUAUAAUAUUAUUGCUCGUUAUUUAAGAAAUGAUACUUAUGAAGAAGCAGCUUACAUUCCUGCUGUCACUUACGGAUGCAGCUUUUUUUCAAAAGUGGAUGCUUGUGGUCAUUUAAUUUCUAUUUCUGCAUACUUUACUAUCCCUAACUGUUCUUGGAUAUUUAUUUCUCCUUUAGAAAUCAGUCCAAAAACUAGGAUAUCUUUUUUGUCAUAUCCUGGGCAAGGAGUUGUCUAUAAUAUUAUUGCUCGUUAUUUAAGAAAUGAUACUUAUGAAGAAGCAGCUUACAUUCCUGCUGUCACUUACGGAUGCAGCUUUUUUUCAAAAGUGGAUGCUUGUGGUCAUUUAACUACAUUUUUCUUUGGAUUUUUGGCAUCUGCUCUUAUUUCUUUCAUUUUAUUAACUAGAUAUACACAUUUGGAAUCAUUAAAUCGAGACAUCUUUGUUAUAAGUUGUGGUGUAAUAUGUGGAUUAUUGUGUAUUCUACUUUUAACUUUUCUACAUAUGUCAUGUCCUUUUGUAUUACUAAAAAAUUUAGUUUUUGGUUUCUUAUUGGCAUCUGUUCUAUAUUUUACACCUCUAGGUGAGAUCAUGAGCCUUCAUUAUGUUGUGGUCACUUUUGAAAUGAUAGAGCAACAGCAUGCAAAUUUGUUCUUUCAAAAGUUUCGUAUUUCUAAUAUUGUGACUACAUCAAUUGUUGGAAGUUAUGCUUUUAUUAUAGCAAUAGAUCGUUUUCUUGGCACGGUUUUAUCAUAUAUUAUACUUAAUAUUGUUAAACGAUUGCUAUUCGAAAAUUUGAAUUUGGCUACAAAUAUAUAUCCUUUUCAAAAACAAGAUAUUAUAUUAGCUUCAGUAUGGGGAGGGCUUGCAUUAUUUGGAAUCUGUUUUCAAUAUUGUAUGACAAGAGAAAGAUCAUCAAUACCACUAAUUUCAAGAAAUGUUUUUAUACAAAGACUAAAUCACAACAGAGAAUAUCCUAUGGAUGAAGAUGAAAGCAGACCAUUGUUACAUGGUAGAUCAAGAGGAUAUGAUAGUGUUAACAGUUAAAAUUACUCUGAAAAUUUUUUCAAUUAAAUUGCCUUACAAAGAUAAUCAAUUUUAAGAAUAAUUAUAUAUUAGUUAAUUAAUAUAAAUUCUUAAUUAUCUUUAUAAUUACAAACUAGUCUGUAUAAUUAGGAUAUAAAAGUUCCAGUGUAAGAGAAAUGUAAAAUUAAAUGUAAAUUUGCUGUAAAGUUUAUUAAUUUUAAUUUAGUUUAAUUUCUCUCUCAAAAAUUUUGAUUCACUGUGUUAAAAUUUUCACAUUUGUUUAACACCUUUCAUUUUAUUAUCUAUGAACUUACUGACUUGACAAUAUAAAUUUCAAAUAAAAUUGUUAGUUAUUCAAGUGCAUUUGUAGUUAAUAUUUGAAAAUUUAAAAUUUUUAUCUUAUAUUCAUAAAAGUUUGGAGUUCUAAAAUAAAAAUGAAAGAAAAAAAAUGUCUCAUUUCCUGCCUUCUUUGGAAGUUAUGAAAGAAUCCCAUUAUAUGUUGAAUGAAUGUCCAUUAGUAUGAACAUAAAAGGAAUUAAAUAAUGGCUUAAAUAUAUUGUAAAAUUUGAGUUAAAGUUAUCCAUUAUUUACAUUUAGAACUGAAAAAUAUGAAAGAAAACUUAAAAAAAAA